GUGUGUGGGUGUGUUUGUGCCUGCGUGUGUGUACUGCACAACAGACCAGCAAACCAUCUGCUCAUCUCCUCUUAAUGAACAAAGCAAACAGCAGGAGUCAAGGCUGUCUCCAAACCUGGAGUCUUUUUAUUGGUAAGCACACACAAACGCACACACGUACACAGACACACAUCCCCGCGCUGUUUAAUCUGAUUAUCUUUGAUUGAGAACAGGGGCAAAGCAACCUUUUUAGACCUCACUCCUACAUCAGUGACAGAGAAGGUCUGAAACACAAUUAGCAAGCUGUUCCCGAGCUCUGCUUUGCAGUCACAUCUGACCACAGGCAGCCAAAUAAACCUAAUGGGCGGGAACUAACCAAUGGGAUCUAACACACUACUGCAUCUGUGGAUGAUGGGGAAGCGCAACACUAUUAGACAGCUGUUCACCAUAUCUCUGCAACUGCAUUUGGACAGAACAGAACCGUUGGAUCGGCCGACGCUGAAACAAUCACAGCCAGGCAUGAAGAUACAAAUGUGCCGCUGAGAUUACAUCGCUGGUUCCCAACCUGAGGUACAGACUCCUUGGUGGCCACCAGCAGGCUUGCACCUCUGGACUGAUGAUCAGGAAAACAUUUUUCUUGUUGAUCACAUGUUUAAUCAUUUUUAUUUUGUUUGCUGUUGUUUUUUGUAGCAGUGGUGUCUGGCUAAAUAAUUUUCCUGAAGAACUGUGUAACUGCUAUUAUUCUGCUUUUUUUCUUUUUAUCAAAUAACCACUCAAUAUGUGCACUUACUUAUUACCAGUUUUCAUCUUUAAGAGGUUUUCCCUCCAUUAUAAUAUUGAAUUUUGUAUUUUUUAUUAUAAUUGUCACUUAGUGUUGCAGUGUCAGUGUUGUUUCAGUGGGGCUAAUUUUCAUCAUCGAUAGGCAGUACCAUUCAUUCUUCAAAAUUACCUAUGCCCACUGCGGGACUAUUAAAGGUUUUCUUAUCUUAUCUUAUCUUACUUAAAAUGUCAUAAUUUAUUUGAUUAGGUGUGAUUUCUAUAGUUAUUCUUGAAUCUUAAUACUUAAUAGUAACUAUGUGAUCCUCCUUUUGUACUAAAAUCAAAAGUAGCUUUGUUAAAUUACAGAUAAAUAUAGUUUAUUGCAUUAUUAAUUUGGGCAUGUUGUCUUCUCCUCAGCAUGGAACGACAGCGCCCCCACGAGGCCAGAUGUUUGUAAUGAAACCAACCAAACGGCGAACCAAGUCUUUUUGGUCGCGUCGGGCUUCUGUAGGAGUUGCUCUUUGACCCCCGUCUCUUCUGCUCGUACUAUGGAUCCUCAAUUCAACUUUGUUUCCAUGCGUUAGUCUUAGUCUUUGUGUUGGAUUCCGUAACUUAUACACACACACCAUGUUUACCACCACUGGUUCUCGGGGCCUUUACAAGGCUCCUCUGUCCAAAGGCCUUCUGUUGGUGCUCAAUGGGAUGACUCUGAUGCUCACCCUGCUGCCACAAUAUCAGGGGCUGUUUGUUUACAACCUCCACACCAUCACACAGCAUCACCAGCUUUGGAGGUUAUUGUGUGGAAGGCUGGUGUGUCUAGAUGUGAAGGACUGCUUUUGUAGCAGCCUGCUUAUUUACAACUUCCGAAUCUUUGAGAGGCGAUUUGGAACCAGGAAGUUUGCUUCCUUCUUGUUGGGCACAUGGUGUCUGUCUGCGCUCAUAGACUUUCUGCUAGCUCAAUCUUUCCAGUUUCUGUUCGAUUAUGAAGUCGAGGAACUCCCUGCUGGACUGCUCGCUCCAGUCUUCUCUCUGUUUGUGCCUUUCUACUUAUCAAUUCCCAGGAUGCCAGUCACUCAGGUUCUGGGUCACAUUCACAUCACAAACAAGACUCUUGUCUACAUAGUUGGCUUGCAGUUGCUGACUUCCAGCCCAUUUAUGUGGCUUCUUUCAUUUAGUGGUCUGAUCUCAGGUGGACUGUACCACUCCAAUGCUCUCCGAUUACAGAAGCUCCUCUUUGUACCCAUGUGGGUGUCUCGUGUUGGCCGGUAUAUUCUGGAGCCGCUCUUUUCAAGUUCGCAACCAACCAGCGAGACACCAGUGGGUAUGGGUGCCACUCUGGACAUCCAGAGGCAACAAAGGAUGGACCUUCUUGACCAACAGCUGCUGCUGGCUCAGUACAACGAUGCCAGAAGGAAUGCCAGACACCAGCCACAGGCUGGGUUGUUACAGUGGACUAGGUUGUUCCCCUCGCUCAGACACAGAGGACAAAAUCGCCCACAAAUGCAGCCUCGCCCUCAGGGUCAGACACACCCACACACACAGUCACCGCUUCUGGACAACUCUCCAGUUGCAGAGGAGCAGGUUGCACUUCUGGUGGAAAUGGGUUUUUCUAGGAUUGAUGCCCUUGAGGCCCUCAGAGCUUCUAACAAUGAUAUCAACAUGGCAACCAACUUCCUGUUGCAACAUUGACAGAGGAGAUCAAAACGGGUGAAAAGGACAGAGAGAAGGCGGAGCAGCCAAAAGAGAGGAGGCGAGCAGCAAAGCAGAGGGAAAAUGGGGAAAGAAUUUGUACAGAUAAUCCAAAGGUUGUCAUUGCUUUUUGAAGCAGUCUGGGGCUGACUUGACUCGACCUGAAGUGAGCCCAAUCAAAGUCUGAUUAAUGAAGAAGUGUGAAGCACAAAGUGAGAGACAUUUGCGUCAUAGCUUUCUGUUGGUUGUCGUGGUGUGAAACAGCAGCCUUUGCUCAAGGCGAAUGAGACAGACCUUGAGAAUCCAAGGGAAUGAAAAUAUAUACAGAAAUAUAAACCGAAGCCAAAUAAGGCCAGUACAACCUAAAAGCACCAGUCUUCAGUCCAGUGAGGAGAAUAUGAAGUAGGAGGUUUUUUCCACACAAACGUAUAGCUAUGCGAGAAACUGUUGUUUGAUAGUUAUAGUUUUGUGACACACUGUGACCUACUGCCAUUCUACUUCUACAGUGGCUGCUUCCAAGACGCCAAUUCGUCUGGUUUGAGAUAAUACAUGAGGUGUCAUAUUAUAUAAAUACAUUACUUAUUUUCAAAAUGCUGAUCAAAGAACCUUAGGUUCUCAAUCCCACAUUGAAUAAACUGGAGUAAGCAGGAAUGCAGCUUUAAGCGGUUAUGAUUAGUUAUGACUCAAGUGUCUGAACCACAUCACUACUUUAACAUUAUUGUGGUAGACUUUAAUUGUUGUCAUGGUUAGGAGGUUUUAACAAGGCAGCAGACAAGAGUCACUGGUUGUUUUUUCCUAUUUGUAACUCUGCCAUUACAGUACUGGUGACAGACGGGUCUCUUUGGACCCCAACGGGCUGUAUCAGGGUCUGUGAGACGGCUGAUUGUUAAACGCAGACAUGGUUGCACACACACAGAUGCACAGUAGACCUUGUGACUGUUUUAUGCUCUCACAUGCAUAAGAACUCACCUUUAAGGAUUUAUUUAUAAUAUGUCGGUAUUUUUUCUUCGGACAUGUCUGAACCAUUGCGGGUCUUAAGUCUGGUGAUAUUUAUUAUGCAAUAUACAAAGCAAGUACCUGGUGUGUAUAUAUAAGUGCAAACAUUUUUUGCAAGCAAGGUAAAAUUGCAGCCACUCCGUAUUGAUGUCAAUGACAGAUGCUAGUUUUAUAUUUAAUAAUAUUAACAUAUGACCACUGAGGUGAGUCUGUCAUUUGUGAAUAUGUAUUUCUGAGAUGGAGAUGUGUGGUUGUGAGGAAGUUGUUGCAUGAACAACUUAAUGUUGGCGUGUAAUAAAUUCUAUUUGAUCUGUAGAAUAA